AUGAUCCUCGUGGGCUCAAAGCCCGUCUCUAACUUUGAUCAAGAAAGCGAAAUUCCUCGGUCAAUGGCCAUCAACACACACACAAGGGUGAAAGGAGAUAUUUUGGCUACGCCUUCUUCACUUGAUGGAAACAAGAAUCCUUCACUUGAUGAAAACAAAAUAUCAAUAGAUGACAGGAAUGUUUCAAUUUCCCUGGAAGAACCCACCGGCGACAAAAUAUCAAUAGAUGGCAGGAAUGUGUCAAUUUCCCUGGAAGAACCCACCGGCGACCACAAGGAUGAAGAAAAUGGAAGCGAUAAUGAAGAUGAUGAGCUGAGGAGAAGAGUUGAAGAAUUUAUCAACAAGGUCAAUCAAGGAUGGAGGACAGAAUUAUCAAGGCACCAUGUUUAG